AUGUCCAGAAGCCCGGAUCCCGCGGUCCUGCCCCGCGGCUUGGGGUCCCGGAAGUCCGCCCCGCGGAGCCUCAGCUGCCUCUCUGACCUGGUGGGCGGCGCGACCCCGGAGCAGCGGCCUUGCCGGCCCCCCUGGAGCUCGGGGCGCGCGCGGCCGCCGCCACCCGCACAGGCAGGCUCAGGCUGCGACCCCAGCCUGCGCCCCAUCAUCGCGCGGCGGGCGCACUCGCUGCCCAGCUCCCCCGAGCGCCGCCAGAAGGCCGCGGGCGCCCCGGGCGCGGCGUGCCGGCCGGACUGCAGGCAGCACCGCGUGCGCUUCGCCGACGCCCUGGGCCUGGAGCUGACGCAGGUCAAGGUGUUCAACGCGGGCGACGACCCCUCGGUGCCGCUGCACGUGCUGUCGCGGCUCGACAUCAACUCGGACCUGUGCUGCAGCCGCCAGGACCUGGAGUUCACCCUGCAGUGUCUGGUGCCGGACUUCCCGCCGCCCAUCGAGGCGGCCGACUUCGGGGAGCGCCUGCGGCGGCAGCUCGUGUGCCUGGAGCGGAUCACCUGCUCGGACCUGGGCGUCAGCGGCUCGGUGCGCGUGUGCAACGUGGCCUUCGAGAAGCAGGUGGCGGUGCGCUACACCUUCUCCGACUGGCGCAGCGCGCACGAGGCCGCGGCCCGGUGGCGGGGCCCCGCGGGCUCGGAGGGCACCGAGGAUGUCUUCACCUUUGGCUUCCCGGUGCCGCCCUUCCUGCUGGCGCGGGGCUCCCGCGUGCACUUCGCCGUGCGCUACCGCGUGGCCGGCGCCGAGCACUGGGAUAACAACGAUGGCCGCGACUACAGCCUCACGUGCCGCAACCACGAGCUGCACAUGCCCCGGGGGGAGUGUGAGGAGAGCUGGAUCCACUUCAUCUGA